AUGGCUAUCACAUUUAACUACACAGACCAUGAGAUUGUGCUGUCACCCACAGUCAUUGUGAGUGGGAGAACACUGGCACCGGUUAAUGGUGGGGUGGUGGAGUUCAUUAACAGCGAGAACCGUGUUUUUCCUCCCCAAUACUUUGAGGUCAAUAAUGGCCAGUUCAAAGCUAUAGUCCACGUAUCUCCAGAUACAAAUAAGUUCAGUGUCCGAGUCAUGGACAACGGGACCAUCAAUCCAUUCGGGUUCCCUGAUUAUAGAGGCAGGCUGCCCAAUGUUGUCGACUCGGCCUCCUUGACUUUACUGUAUUAUCCUCUCACAGAGGACAAGCCAGUGCAUUUGUGUGUGAUUCUAGGAAAAGAUUCCAAUGGUGCCUACGACAUGCCACAGUACAAAACGGCUCGGGGAGAAGUGGCCAACCUCGACUCGGCCAUCCGCAAGUUGAAGGUAGCAGGUCGGUUGAUGCAAGCAUACACCCAGGAUGAAAUGAGACUCUCGGGCUUUAGUAAUAGAAGUUUUCAAUUUGUGGAGGAAACCACUGGACACCAAGACAUUUUCGGGUAUACUGUACAACUGCCAGCUCCUCACCAGGAAGUCAAGGUACAUGUUUUGAGGUCUCCUAAAACGGUUGCCCAGUUAAGAGAUCCCAACUUGGCUCAACAAAAUCCUAAGGGCACCAAUACCGGAGGACUCUUCAGCCAUGCCCUCGACUUGAUCCAUGAUACGCCCGAGUUGUUUCUGCAACGUCAGCGGCUCAACACAUGUAUUCAGUGUGCGGUGAUCUACUUGGAUGCUCACUACGAUGCACCAAAUGACUUGAUCUUGACUCACGCGGCCUUGGGAGGUGGGACUGGUGAUAUCAAACUUGCGAUAUUCGGGUCCCAUGGUCUCCAUUCCUGGCCCAUAAACUUCCCAAUGGUGACUCCGUGCUUUGUAGAUGGCACCCAUCUUUCCAAGCGAGAAGUGGCCAACGAUGCCAACCAGUGUGGAACUUCUUGGGAAUGUUUGAAUAUUACCAUGGGUGCGUUCAUGCAUGAGAUCGGACAUCUGUUGAGCUGCCCCCAUCAGAUAGACGGGGUGAUGUUGCGGGACUAUAUCUGGUGGAACCGAUCGUUCAUGACUCGAGAAGUCGAGUGCCUUCGUAGUAAAUCUGGAGGUGAGGUGAUAGGUGCAACUGGACAAUGGCCUCGUUCUUGUCACUGGAACAUCUUGGAUAAAGUUCGGUUUUUAUUCCAUGGCUCCUUUGCAUUGCCAAUUGACAAGAAUGACCCGUCAAUGGGACAUGUGUUUUCGACAACUUUGGCUAAUGACGACUCUUAUGGUGAUGUCAAUAAGGCUCCUACCAUGUACAACACUCCAUCGGGAGACUGUAUAGUGAAGUCAGAUGCGGGAGUGUUUUUGGUUGAAGUCAUCACCAAAGAUUUGGCUCGGUGUCACAUUCCAUACUUUCCUCGAUCUUAUGGAGGUCAGGGACUUCAAAAGGACUUGCUACUCGAUUAUAAUACCUUAUACGAUCAGUUGCGUUCAAGUACAAAGGAAGUCAAUGAGAAUUUCAGUGUUCGUGUAUUGUCAUUAGGGGGAGAUCUUUAUAUCGACAACUUCAAGGACCACUCUAAAAAUGAUUCCAAGAAUAUCAUCAGACAUGAUUUUGGACUUGGAAGAGGUCCACUCACGGGCUAUAAAAGCGUGCUUUUGGGAAACGGAAAAGACAAACAAGAGAUUGUCAUUGGGUUUGAUAUCAACACUGUUUAUAAGAUCCGGGUAUACCACGGUGGGGUGCUUGACGGGAUUCGGUUUUACUACCGCACGGGUUCGGGUUCGGGUUUUACCAAUAGCCCUCCACCAAUCCCCAAACGAGACUAUGUUAGCAAGUUGGCCAACAAAAUGGGCCGUUUGAAUGUGGCAGCAGCCUCUGCUACACCAGCACCCAAAGCACCUUCAGGACAACCCUCCAGUAAACCAGCGGAAGCACUAUUGGGUAAUGUGAAGCUGCAUUACACAGAUAUCGAUUUAGCUUCAGGCGAAACAAUCACUAAAUUGCAUUUCAGAAACGGUGCUUGGAUCGAUGCGGUGCAGAUAGAGUUCUCCAGUGGACGUAAAACUGAAAUGCUUGGUAACAAUGGUGGAGGCCACUUAUCAACACUUGAGGCCCCGGGUCAUGGGUAUACAUUGGUAGGAAUGUAUGGAUACGUUGGAUCAUGGUUGAAUGGUGUCGGUAUAAUAUAUACCAACGAGUUAUGA